CCGCUUCUCCCGCCCGCCGGCAGUGCGCAGGCCCGCCCGGCAGUCGGGCAGGCGGGCGGCCAUGUGGGUGUUCGGCUACGGCUCCCUCAUUUGGAAGGUGGAUUUCCCUUACGAGGAGAAGAUGGUGGGGCGCAUCCUGGGCUACAGCCGCCGCUUCUGGCAGGGCAGCACCGACCACCGCGGCGUGCCGGGCAAGCCUGGAAGAGUUGUGACUCUGGUUGAAGAUCCUGAGGGGUGUGUCUGGGGCGUUGCUUACAGAUUGCCAGCUGGACAAGAAUGUGAAGUAAAGGCAUACCUGGACUUCAGAGAGAAAGGCGGCUACAGGACUACAACUGUCAGUUUCUACCCAAAAGACUCCUCAGUAAAGCCCUUUGAUGUGUUGUUAUACAUUGGAACUUGUGACAACCCUAACUACCUUGGUCCAGCACCUCUAGAAGAAAUCGCUGACCAGAUUUUUAAUGCAGUUGGUCCUAGUGGAAGAAACACAGAAUACCUGUUUGAACUUGCUAAUUCUAUCAGAAAUCUUGUACCAGAAGAUGUAGAUGAGCAUCUCUUCUCCUUAGAGAAACUAGUAAAGGAACUCUUGGAAAAGCAUCAAAACCUAAAUUGUCUAUAAAAAUUAUUUCUUACUUUUAAUGAUCUUGCUUCAUCUCCAGAGGAAUAGUUUCAUUGCACAAUGGGUAUAUGACAUGGAGGCAUGUUUCUCUGUAAUAUGUGAUCUUAUUUAUUUUAGUAUUGCAUUCAAAAUUGUAGUUGGUCAUUAAAACGUAUUAUAAAAAUCAUUCUUUCAGGAGUCUAUAGAAAGGGGAACAGGGGAAGUGGUUUAGGUUUGAAUUUGGGUUUUUAUCCAAAGACUACAUCUUUAGGAAAAUCUUAAGAGAACCACUUAAGCUUCUCUUUGAAGAUUUACCCUUUACAUAUUAGUUUGUCCUUAAAUGCAGAGGAUAAACCAUUUCACUGUCAAGGAAAGAAUUCUUUCCCUUGGCUCAUUAUGUCGAGACCCUGAAAACCAAAGCACAGGGUACUUUGACACAAACAAGCCAUAAUGUAUCAGUGCCUCAUGUUAUUUUUUAAGAUUAAUAUAAAGAAUGAAGCCAAAAUGUUAAAAUUAACUAAGAGUAUGACUUAAAGUCACAAUGCAGCAAGAAGGUUCAGAAACUCAUCUUUGUUGCCUUUAGAUGCUGUUGUAACCCCAUCUCUUAAAAAAUUCACCCAUCUCCGAGGAUGGGUUUUAAGCCAGUAAUUUUCAACCACUGUUUCAGGGAUUCACAGGCAAAAGGUAGUUGAGAAAGGAACCCUCUUUUCAGUAACUUUACGUGUAUUGUAUGAGCAUCCAAACAAAGAGGGUUGGAAAGCCACCAGUUUAGGCUAGUAGGCUUUAUGCAAAACAUAAGCAAAUGGAGAAUGGAGUUUCCGUCCCAACAAGGAUUUGUCUUGCUUCUCAAAAAAUUGUUAUUUUUGUUAACUUUUAACAAAGUAUAUUUUUGUAUGUUAAUGUAGGAAAGGUCCUAUUUCAAACACUAUGUAAUGUCGCAUUUUCUCAUCCAGAGAACGUAUAAGUGUUUAGUAGCAACUUGGAAGCCUACAUUUUGCAUCAGUAAUUGCAAAAAACGUAUGCUUCUACUACAGAGGUUGUCCCUUUCUCUUCUUUGCAUUCUCCUGUUUUAUAUUUGUAAUUUCUUGAAAAUAUCAAGGUUAUCAAAAUAACAAGCAGCUAUUAUUUUACUUGGCCACCUACAAAAGCCAACAAGAACAUAAAUGCAUGUUAAUAGGAAACAUUUGAGAAAGGCAGCUAGAUGAGUUGAAAACAGGAUAUUAAAAUUCAAACCUGAAUUUGAGAUAAUUAGACCACUUAAAAUAUUUAACCAAGAAAGCUGUAUUUUUUACAUAUCAGAUUAUAAUUUUAUUGUGCCUCUGGCAGCUCUCACACAUUGAUUUGCUGAGGAAAAAAAAAAGUGUAUUACAGUUUUUAGAAGCUACUGUUUACUAUUAAUCAUUGAAUGCCACUAUUUUAACAGGUUGUGAUGGGGUAUCACUUGAUGGACUGCUCUAAACUGCAGAAGCAAAUCCUAUUAGUGAAAUAAUGAUGUGCACUGAGGCGCCCCAUUUUUCCAUUAGCAGACAUGAGUUAUUUGCAAAUGAUGGAAUAGCCUUCAAAGGUCUUGAUUCUCCGCUGCAUUGCACUGGUUUAAGAUUGACAUAAGUGAGGGGAAAAGCAACCCCAAGUAAUUCAGCUGCAGAGUAGGAGAGGAGUCUGAUCAGAACUGCCAGGUGUCUGCAUGCAGUGACAGUCAUUACGAUGCCCAAAGCUGGAGCUGAGUGACUUCACACACCAAAGAGGGACACCCAAAUCAAUGUUAAUGAACAUGCUCUAUUACACAUGCAUUUGUUCACCUUGACUUAAAGAGUAAUUUAACUGUUACUAAAAACGUUACGUGUGAUUUAUUUCGAGAAUAUUUAAGUGUUGAAAAGAAUAGUAACCUCAAAAAAACUCAGCCAACAUCAGCACUUUCUUUCUCGUGCUUCCUUCAGAUUUAAGCAAGUUGUAGUAAAGUUAAAACAUGUACAACGGCCUGUCCACUCUAUGCAUUUUUUUUAAAUUAUUUUCGCAAAGACUUAUCCUUGUUCAUUAAAUCAGGGCAGGGGAUGCUUACACUCACUAAUGAUCCAGAGACAUCAGUGAUGAUUCCCUCCUUAAUUAUUUAAGCAAUGUGUUGGGGCAUUGUGAUUAUGUAUGGCUCUACAUUUUGUAUCUUUAAUGAUAUUCAGGACAUUGUUGGUUCAUUUAUUUUCCAGAUUCAUGAAACUUGCAAUAUCUGUAAUGAUACAUUCCAGUUUGUGCAUACAACUUCAGUACAAUAAAAAUGUAUCACAUUUGCUACUGGUGUUGGAGUAA